GCCCGGCCCGGCCCAGGCGGCGGGUCCGCCCCGCCGAGCCGGCGGCCGGGGGCGGCGCGGAGCGGAGGCGGCAGCGCCGCCGCCCCGUCUGCAGCGGCCGGGGGCCCGGGGCGGCGCGGAGCAGCGGCGGCGGCGGCCUGCAGGCACCGUCCAAAGACGCUUCUGGAGCCCAUUAGCUGUUUACAGGGGCUGAACGUAUCCCGAGAGGCCUUAAAGCAGAAGGAGCGUGCCAGGCGCAGGGAGCAGUGCCGGCAGCCUGCCAGGAGCCGACAUGGAGCAGAAGAUCAGCUCUUUCUUUAAUUCCAUCUUGGAUCUCAUCCGUACCAAGCACGAGGAAGGCGUCUUCAACACCGUCUGCCUCGCUGUGCUGAUGGGCCUGCCCUUCGUUGUCCUCAUCGCGUUCGUCUUCAUCUGCUGCCACUGCUGCUUCUGCAGCCGGAGGGGAGCAAGCAGCAAGAAAGGUGGUGCCAGCAGCAACGGGCAGCUCCACGCCGAGAGGAACAAGAAGAAAAAGAAGAAGAAGAAGGAUGAAGAGGACCUGUGGAUCUCGGCUCAGCCCAAGCUGCUUUUGCUGGACAAGAGGCCGUCGUUACCAAUAUAGCAGGCAGGAGGGUGACCAGGCCCUCCCCGCGGAGACCCUGCCAGUCCUUUCAGCUGCGCACAAUGAGGGGCGAGGAGAUGCCAUAGCUGCUGCCCCCUUUAUAGUGACUUUCAAAAGAGGAUGAACUCAAAAGCCAGCCAGUGUUGAAGGCACUUGUCGAAGGCAAGGCAGCUGGGCACACGUUUAUGCAAGCCUCUUUUCCCCCACCACGACAGCAUGCCCAAGGGCAGAAACCUAUGCAAAAGGACACGCACAUGCACUGCCGAGCACAUGAGAGUGACCUGCCACCAGGCCAUACGUACCCUCGCCUAGAGAUGCACCUUCCGCCACAAGCACGACGCGCUCGUAUUGAGCUGGCACUCAGCAACCUCAGUGUGAGCCUAUCCGUUUGCACUCGCGUGUGUAAGCGUCUGCUGUAGCACAGGCAAGUGUGCACAGGACUGCGUGCACUUAAUGACUAAGCUGUCCGUGCACACACUCUGCACAAACACGGACACCCGCGUGCAAAGCAAGCGCACACACUCCUCAUUCACGUGCCCUGCCACAGAGAUGGCACGGCUUGGCUGUCUAAGCUCCAUCCAAAUCCAGACCAUCUUGGAGAAGCAAAGAAAGCUGAGUGCAAAAUUACAUCACAGCUCAAAGUAAUGCUGUCUUCCCACCCCCCAACCCAAAGGCAAUAAGAGCUUCUGAAGACAGAGGCACCUCAACACCUAUCCCAACCUUAGAGACCUCAAGAUACCAUCUUAAGGCAGCAAAGCAGAAGGACACGCUGCCACCCAGACGAGUCAGAAAGGAGAGACAAGGCCGCAAGACCAGCCCCUUUGCACCAGCACUGAAAACCUCCUCAAAAGACUGUUUUAAACAGAUUUGCCUUUAAAUAGCCCACCACGCUGCAGCAAACGCUGCAUCGCCUCUAUGCUACUGCAAGAGCGGGAACGCACGCUGAGGCUGCGUAAACGCUUAGCUGCGGGCGUUGAGUUAUUUAUUGAAUGACUACUAAAGAAGGGUAGGACCAAAGGCCCCUGUGACACGGGGCUAGGAACUGAUCCAAAGCGGACCCACUUCCCCUGCACGCGCAGCCGUGCCCUCUCCUUGCAGCCCUGGUGCGCCGCGUCGGACGCGCACGCAGACGCGAGAGCACGUGCCGCUGCCUCCGAUGCCACGUGGGCAGCUCUUCGCAGAGCACUUCGGUGUUCCUGUCAAACAGCUGGCUCUGGGAUCGGGGACGUGCUGUAGGAGCAGGGGGAGCGAGGUUCACGCCCACAGUCAUCCUUCAUCCACGUACACAUCACGUCCCUCCUGCCCAGCUGGACCCUGCACCCCGCUCCCUCUCCAUCCUCAUCUUCCUCCAACGUGCGACAGCUCAGCCCGGCCCAGCAGCUACCCGCACCACCCGCGGCUCUCACCCCUACUGCUUUUGGCUCUGCUCCCCCAGCACCUACGUGCCUAGCCCACCACCCGCGGAGCCAGGGGUCUCCUCUGCCCCCUCUCCCCACCGCCAAGCUCAGCCGCUGCCAGCAAGGAGCGUGGCCAGAAGCUGCAUCACGUCUGGUCUGUGCACUGCGUCUGCACGCCAGGUGUUUUCCUCCCGCUUACUUGCGCUUUCUAAGCUGUGGAAGCAGGCCGAAGGUGCCAGCCAGCCAUCUGGGGGACAGGGAGCCAAACCCGCACGGAGGAGCCCGCCAGACACAGCCGCUUCCAGCCCCGGAGAGGGCAGUGCCGCCUCCGGGAGCCGCCUUCCUCGGUGCCCGGGCGCACGCCAGCGCGGGAGAGCCGUCUUUCCGAAGCGGCCGCUCCUGCCACGUGGUCCCGGUGCAGCCUGUUUUGUCCGGCUGACAGGGCGGUGAUGUCAACGUCACAUCACAGGGUCUGGCCUUCAUUUGGCUGUGGUGGUAGCAGCCUUGAGGCCAGACUCUGCAUCGCACAGGCCUUUAAAUUGACCCCAUAUGUGCCUUAUUUUCCAGUCUACUUUGUUACCAUUGAAAAAAGUGACUCCAUUCUCCUCCAAAACAGGAAGCAACAUAUAACACUGAAAACAUUAGGAUUUGCCACACCUAGCCGUAGAGGGAAACGUAGCUCCGGUCUCCAUCCCAAGCCCUCAGUCCUGCCAGGAUCUUGGAGAACUCGCUCCUCCUUCCCGCGUCCAGGUGCCCUUCGCAGCCCUCCUGCCCCCGCGGCUCCCCGGAGGGCAGAGCAGCCGCCCCCCUCGUCCCCGGGCAGGGGAGCCGCCCGCGCAGGUGCUGCUGCUGCAAUCCAGAGGCAGCAAAAGCCCCCGAGAAAGGGUGUUGCUCUCCGGAGGAAUGAGAAAAGCAGGGCUGAGGAAAACGAGACGGGAGGCCAGAGGCUUGCCAGGCAAGCAGGGCUGGGGAGGCAGCCAGCACCGGCGGAGCACAGCAUACCUGGUGUGCAGCUGCGGUGCCCUGCACGGCUCCCUGGAAGGGGUCCUCCUCCCAAAGCCUUAGCGAGUGCAGUUUCAGGUGAGGGCAGCCAAUUCCUACGAGAACCAGAGAAAUAUCAGGGAAACAUCUAUGUCCUCCUAGCAAACGUCGCCAAUUUAGGUGUCAUGAUAUUCAAACCCAGGUCAUAAUUUCAAGAGCCAAAUCCACCUCUGUAGCAAGCUGAACUGGGCAGCAAGAGAACAGGGAAGGAAACAACCCAACCCGCACCUACCCGACCUGCGCUGGGCUGCGGCUGAGGCCCGGCAUGGCCUCUGUGCCCCAGGAAGCAGGGGAGACAAUUUGCUUAAGGGCUGCCUUUUUUGUUUUUUUGACUAAACCAAGGACUGAAUCAGCUGAGACAGAAGACCAGCGGCAGCCUGAGGUGCACCAGAGCCCAUCACCUGUGGGCUGGGCAGCAGGAACCCUGUAGCACCCGCACUGACAAGGAAGCAAGACAAGCAUGGUACAGAAACAGCACUGCGCGAGUCCCAGCUCCUCGGGCACCGCUGCACUGCCUCCCCCCAGCUGCAUUUCAGUAUCGGCCUUUUAUUUUCCUAAACAGUUCAUGCAACAGGGGAAAAAAAUUCUUUGCAAUAACUUUUUUUUUUUACAAAAGAAUAAAUAACUAAAACUACAAAAAAUGA